UCUGUCAAAACAGUGCCAUGUAACAUUCAUGGAGGUUAUAUGUGUUGUGAUGUUUCAAAACAAGUGAAAAACGUCAUCAAAAGCCCAGAAAAACACAAAAAUUGUACAAAAAUGGAUAUCACUGCGUUUUCCGAUGAAAAUUUCGAUACAAAAACAUGGAUCAAUGAAAUAUUGAAGAAUAAUGCCGAUAUGGACAAAAAAGAAAAUUAUACAAUGUCUCUCGUGAUGAAACUGCAACUCUAUGUCCAACAAGUUAAUAAUUCGCUAGAAGAAACAAGUCAUAACAUUCUAGCAUCUAUGCCAAAGAUAAUUAGAGAUAGUAAGAGUCUACAACAAGAAGCAUUGGCUCUCAAGGAGAAAAUGGAACAAGUUAGGGAAGAAAUCACGAAAAUUGAAGAAGAUACAGGGAAAUCCAUUAAUUCCAUCGAACAAUUGGAUAAAAUGAAAGCGAAACUCAUGGAUGCCAAACAAGGACUGCAUGAGAGUGAUAACUGGACUGUUCUUGGCAAGUAUUUCAUCAUUUUACUACCAAAACUUUGUUAUUAUGAAGAUUUUUACUUAAAAUAUUCAAUUUUUGUUAAUUUAACCUCUUUGGUGCAUUUAGUGUAUGUUGGGUUGCCUAUAUUCAAGGGAUAAUUCUAAUAUUACU